AUGGGAAAAGUCCUGGAGUCUGAAGCUGAGCAGCCUUUGUUGCCUGCUCAUGGGGCUAGCUCUGAGCUCGAGGAGGUGCUAUCCGAUUUCCAAUUACCUUACUUUCAACGCCUUAGGUCCGCCUUUUGGAUCGAAUUCCAGUUACUUUUUCGACUUGCAGCACCUGCAGUAGCUGUGUACAUGAUCAAUAAUGCUAUGUCCAUGUCUACUCGAAUCUUUUCGGGUCAACUUGGGAACCUUCAGCUUGCUGCAGCCUCUCUUGGCAAUCAAGGCAUCCAAUUAUGUGCUUAUGGACUUAUGCUAGGAAUGGGAAGUGCAGUGGAAACUCUUUGUGGACAAGCAUAUGGAGCUAACAGAUAUGACAUGCUAGGAGUCUACCUACAAAGAUCAACAAUAGUACUUUCCAUAACAGGCAUCCCACUAGCUGUAGUAUAUUUAUUUUCCAAGAACAUACUGCUCGCGCUUGGUGAAUCGAAACAAGUUGCAUCAGAAGCAGCAGUAUUUGUGUAUGGUCUAAUCCCUCAAAUAUUCGCUUACGCGGUGAACUUCCCUAUACAGAAGUUCUUGCAAUCUCAGAGUAUUGUAGCCCCUAGUGCCUAUAUUUCACUAGGGACUUUGUUUGUACACUUAUUGCUGAGUUGGAUUGUUGUAUACAAAAUUGGACUGGGAUUGAUAGGGGCAUCACUGGUGCUGAGUCUUUCUUGGUGGAUUAUUGUGUUAGCACAGUUUAUAUACAUAUUGAGAAGUGAAAGAUGUAAGACUACUUGGACAGGUUUUCGAUGGGAGGCCUUUAGUGGAUUAUGGGAAUUCGUGAAGUUAUCAGCUGCUUCAGCUGUUAUGUUGUGUUUGGAGACAUGGUAUUUUCAAAUUCUAGUGUUGCUUUCAGGUUUACUCAAGAAUCCUGAGCUUGCAUUGGAUUCUAUCUCAGUUUGCAUGGCAGUGAAUGGGCUGAUGUUCAUGGUUUCAGUGGGAUUCAAUGCUGCUGCUAGUGUGAGAGUGAGCAAUGAGCUAGGAGCAGCACAUCCAAAGUCAGCAGCAUUCUCAGUGUUUGUGGUGACAUUAAUUUCAUUUCUCAUAGCUGUGGUGGAAGCUAUAAUUGUGCUAUGUUUGCGCAAUGUUAUCAGCUAUGCAUUCACUGAGGGUGAAAUUGUGGCCAAUGCAGUUUCUGAUUUGUGCCCUUUUUUAGCUGUCACACUUAUUCUUAAUGGCGUUCAACCAGUCUUGUCUGGUGUUGCUGUUGGUUGUGGAUGGCAGGCAUUUGUUGCAUACGUGAAUGUAGGGUGUUAUUAUGGUGUAGGAAUUCCAUUGGGAUGUCUUCUUGGCUUCAAAUAUGACCUUGGUGCUAAGGGAAUAUGGACUGGGAUGAUUGGAGGGACUGUAUUGCAAACCUUCAUUCUGAUUUGGUUCACAUUCCGUGCAGAUUGGAACAAAGAGGUAGAGAAAGCUAAAAAACAUUUGGACAAAUGGGAAAAUGUAAAAGAAACUCUAAGCAAGGAAUGAAGAUGGCGAAGAAGUCAUCAACAGUUCACAUCAAGGGUUUUCUGGCGUAUCUACC